CCCCCAGGUCCGCGGAGCAUGUCUCUAGCUUUCUCUUCGCUCCCGGCAAGGAGCAUCAAGCCAUCGCUCAGAAUAUGCCAGACUUCCGUGCGGUACGCUGGUCGCGACGCUCCUGCCGGGGACCCGCGCAAAGAAAUCCUCCGGCGCGUGCUGUAUCCCUCUAACCUACGAAACAAAUCCACUCCUACUGGGACAUGGCGCUCGGACGUCGGCCGGGCUCUCCAGCACGCCAUACCCUCUGUGCAAGCACACGAGACCAUUGAGCGGGCGUGGCUACUUCAUCAGCGACAUGUGCGCCGGAAAAGGGAAGCCGAACUGCAGAGGAAGUUUGAGAAGAUGAAGGAAGCUAUGGACGAGCUCUACAAAUUGGACAACCAUCUGUACAUUGAAGCGAAUCGGCCAGAGGACCCUAGGGCACGGAGUGCAAAGGAGCUUGAGCUUGUAAAGGGCUUGAGGGGAUCCGAGAGGAAGGCCAUGGAGGCGCGGAUUCGUGGUCUAUUCCCCAGAGAAUUGCGCGUGCCGACCGACACUCCGUCGAGGUUGGGUUGGAACUACGAUUGGCAACCUAUACGACCCACGUCACCCUCAUAGUUUACAUCUACCAUUCGUUACACAUGUGGUUUUCGUCAUAGCCUGUGCUCUGGAGUUUGUCCGAGUGGACCACAUUUCACCCCACCAUGC